UGGAAGCUUGCUCCAAGAGAAUCAUGGGAAAUAUGUUUUGCCUGCGAAACGGAGGGAGUUUCGAAUUAUUUUUCAUCUUUUGUCGCGUUUAAACACGCUAUUGUAACGCUGCGUUAGCUAUUAAAGUUACACGACGUCUUAACAAAGCAUGUGAAUCUAACAAAUAUCCAGUCAGGGUUUAUUUUGAAGACCAGCGCCUACAAUUAGCUAGGUGGCUCAUGCUAACAACCGCUAUGUCUGUUUGAGUGUUUUUAGGAGCGACAAAGUGACAGAACAAAGAAAUUAGAUGAGGAGUUUUGAGGGUGAAUGUAGUUCUGAAUUUUUCUCAUACAGGACACAGAGGUGGACAACACUGACGAAGUCUUCUAAAUGGCUCAGAUGAGGAUAACAAUGGUUGUUGUGAAGAGAGCCUUUCAUCCUCAGCAAGCAUAUUUUUGUUGCGUACUUCCUCCGGCAACUGGAGAUGAGCUGCCAUAGAGAGGAAUUCAAAGCGCAAUGAAUCCUUCCUGAGAGCAUCACUGAACACGAAUGUUGCCUCCCUGUCAACAUGGAGCUAAAGCUGGAGGUUGUUUUGUGCUCCAGCAUCAAACGGAAGAAGCCAUGGCCACGCUUCUGUUGGCUUGGACAGAAGAAGGAGUCUGUCUUCCUGUUGGAUGACAAAAGGAUCAGCGAGAUCAACAUGGUCAAUGGUCGCACCAAGAAGAAGACCCCGAAACUCCAUCCUUUGCUUAACAGUGUGGUGACAAUGGCUCCAUCUCAUAAUGGUUUGUGGUUCUGUGGACUUUUAGGAACGGGAGAGCUCUUUUUAUGGAACAGAGAUAAAGACUUGUUGAAGACGACUGUAGCUGUCCCUGAAGUUGCUCAGUUGAUUGCUUCUAUCCAAGGAAAUGCUGCUUGGCUGUCUGUCCAGGUAUCAGGAGACGGUAUGCGCGUCCUGGUGGUCUCCACAUUGGGGCAAUUUUUCCUAUGGGAGUGUUUGGAUGUCGGAGACUUGAUGGUGGUACCAGGAGACACCAUUAAGGGACGCUGGGCUCAAAUACAGCCACUUCACGAUACCGUUCUGCCCACCAUAAAAAACAAAGAAACAUCCCAGUGUGCCAUCUUUUUGAAGACACAGUCUAUGGGUGACACCUGCCUAUCAGCUUUUGUGUUCACGUGUGGGAAGAAGCUAAUCAUCACCUGCCUCAAAAUCCAGUGGGUGGAUGACCACAUGAACUUGGGUUCCAUGGCAUACAACAUACAAUGGGCCACCAAGACCUACUCCAUGUCGCAUCUUACCCCGACCUGCCAACCGGUGAAGUCCAGAGGGGCUCUGGUGGUUGACUUCUCUCCUGAUGGACAACUGCUAGCCAUCGUUUUGAACCAGCGGCAGCCUAAGGCAACACAGGUUCUAUUUGUGAGCACACAGAACUUUGUCUCCGUAUCAAGCAGCCUUGGUGGAUGUGGGUGUAAAUCUGAAGGGAUUCCUUCGAAAUACAUAAGGUCAUACUGGGUGGGCAGUCUAAGCUGGUCACAUGAUGGCCUUUUUCUGGCCUGUGUUCUGAAGAGAGGUGCCCUUCUCAUACUGGCUCGUCUUGGCGGGCUACUCUCUCUGACAAGCACUGGUUGUAAUGUUGACUUUGGACCUGCGCACUUCCUUCCCCUGCACCCGCUGGUCACUUACCGACCACAGGCCGAGACCGGAAGUGCAGAGGCCUGUCUUUCCAGCUCGAGCGUGUCAGCGCGAGACGUCAUGAGGCAGCGAUAUUCCGUGACCUGGCAUCCUCGCCUCUUGUACUGCAUUGUGUCUGAUGGCUACAUGGCCACGGUAUUGAGGGUCCUGAACAGGCCUUCUCCUGCAAUGUUGGUGAAAGCCGAGUUAGAUAACACCAGCAAGGACCUUCGGAAGGCCAGCCAGCUUCUAGAUACAUCACAGAGUCACGUGAAGAUGUGGUUGGAUUUGGUUGUAUCUUACCACAAUCUGGACCAUGGCUUUGAGGACUCCAAAUCAUUCACCGCAAGUGUGCCUCACACUGCCGAGUCUGUCCCUUCCGUAGACACACAAGAGUCCUCUUUGCCUCUUUUUCUACAGGACCAGGGGCUCUUCAGUGGCACAAAAGAGCUUCUUGAAAAAGUGCAGAACUUCUUUGAGGAUGAUUCCGAAGUAGACGGACCUCCUCCUGGCUCUCAGCCAGCGGAUGGAGGACGUCUGGAGUAUGCAUCCAUGUUUGAUACACUUCACGCGCUGGACCCUAAACUUGUGCCUAGCCCUGUUCCCGAGGAAGACUCUGAGGAUAUCACACAGCGCUUUCAACAUGAACUUGCGAAGAUCCAAAACGGACUUUUGACAGCUUGGGCUCUCUGCAUGUCUCUGGGAAACGCAGUGGAAAACAGAGCUCACCUGCUGAAGUACACAGUCUACCUGAUAGCACAACUUAGUGCUUUUCUCCACUUGAUCCCAAGCGCUGAUGUACACUCAGGAAAAAGUAGCUCAUUGGGCUCUUCUUGGCUCUUCCAGCUACUCAAAACACUUUUAUCAUUUCUUCCCUGGGACCACUCAAGCGCGCCUCACAGCCUGGGACUGGUAGUUGAGCUAAGCAAGCAGCUGGUACACUUGUUGCUGGGUUCUCAAGCUGAGGCCUGCCCAACAGGUCGGUCAGACAUUCUGAGAAGAGCUGUGCUUAUCCUAAAUCUGGUCUCUGAUUCCCUCGACCGGGCCUACAGCCUGCAGCAAAGAAGUGUGUGGGCUUCAGAAGAGAAGGACUCUCAAAUUGUAUCCUCAGAUGUCUACCAUGUGCCUUUACUACAGGAUGACAGGGAAGACAAAUGUAGAGUUGUACAUCAAGGUCUACCUGUACCCCAGAGACCAUCCAGCAGGCUGGUUGGAGUGUGGCAGUGGGUGUAUAAGGUCACCCGGCAAUACCAAGAGGAGGUGCAAGAUGGCAAUGGCUGUGAAGACGAACAGGAGCAGCUGUCUGUAAUCAUGUCUGAUAUUCAAACAGCUCUGCAAGCUACUGGAGAACAACUUGAGGAGGGUCCUGCGCUGCUGAAUUACACAGGUGAACAGCUAUUCCUGUGUGGCUUGUACCAAAACAGUGCAGAGACAUGGCGGACACAAAUUUGGGAACAAAGUGAAAAAAGUACCGCUUCUCAUCGUAGUGUCUUCCAGGAGACAAGGCUUUGUUUGGCUCUCCUCUACAGCCUGUUGGCCCAAUACCACCUGAGAGAAGCCAUGGAGUUGGGAGAACACAUGGCCCACUUGGUGCUGCACAGUGCUGGACAUUACAGUAGCGACGCAACUUGCACAAUGUACGACCCGCUUCUGCCGAUGAACCUCCACGACGACGCUGCCUACGCUGUGAUUUAUGCUCUGGCGAGAUUCAUGGCCUCUUAUUUCACUAAUCAGCCGCUCAAAAUCUUGCCACCGCACAAUGUGGCCAUCCUGCCACCGUUACAUCUACCUCAUGCCUCAAAUGUGGGACGUCUGGUGCCACUCAGCCAGGAGGAGGUAGCUCGAGCAGUUCGCCAGCAACACCUGUCAGAGAAGUGGACCGUGGACUAUGCCCUAGACAUGCUCCUUCUUGGGGGUCUCCUCCCAGAGACUGCAUGGCUGGCAUUCAAUCUUGGGGACUGGAAGACGGCGGCCUCCGUUAGCCUAGCUUACAAUAAUUUCUGCACUGACCACUUGGACUUCACGCGGAUGAACCGACAGGAGCUUCACCUACCAAAAGCUUUACUCCCUCAGAGUAUUUUUCAGGCAGAGUUGCAAUGUCUUCUUGACAAUAAUGCUCUCGAGCACACGGAUAUCACCGACAAGAGCUUUAUAGACCCUUUGGAAGGAGAAGACUUGGGAGUGUUACAGGUGUCCAUCCAGGAGAUCCUGAAGGCAUCUGUCAUGGCUGAUGUGAAUGUGUUGUCUUCACCCUUGACCUCCUUAUUGGACUCAGCCAAGGACUUGUGCUCAGGCCUUCCUGCAUUGGUGCACAGUGGACUGUAUUUGCCGUCACCACCUCUUUAUUGUCCUCAGCCUUCCCCCAACACACAGGAUCCAGUAGGGACGGUGGGGCAGCUUGCAGAGGUUACAACACGCCACAAAGUGUCUGGAGUUCUCCAAAGGAUGCUAUUACUCCUCAGGUCGGCUCAUUGUUGUCAUCCUGCUGCUCAGUGGUACAUUAAUCAUCUACGCCGUGCCAGGCAUCUACUCUUCAAAAUCAAGAAGCGGUACUGUUACCCAUCUGCUGUUGAAGAGGAAAAGGCUCUCCCAGAAGGCUUGAGGAAGUUUGUCAGCCAUGGGGGAUUCUUCAAACGGGUCCCGAACAACAAGAACCUGGACGUAGAUGCUAUUCAAACUAUUAUCUGUUUUAGGGAGCUGUGUGGUUUAUGCUGGAUGCUUCAUGUCAGGGACCAGCUUUCUAUUGCCUGUAGGAAGUAUCAGGCUGCCAGAAUGCAACAGGCCGAUUCAGAAAUCCUAUCAGCCUGUGUGGAUGCUGUUCUCUGGGCCCACCGUUAUUUGCCCUUUUCUCACUUCUUGAAUGCAGAGGAAAUCCUCCAGGACCUCAUGCUCAGCCUGGUGUCUGAACUGCCACCUCUUGCUCUGGUGGCAGACACGCUGGUGCUGGCCUUCCCAGAGAAGGAGGAGUCUGUCAGAGUCCCCCUGAGGGAAAAGUAUAAGUCACUGCUGCAGACGCUGAAGCAAUGCAGUGUCACUGAGGGGAACAAAGAGCAGGCCAGUGGCUCGAUGACGGUUCUGAUCCAAGACAAACUCAAGCAGAGGAGAAAGCACCUUGGGCGUAUGCACAGGCACCUGGCUCCUCUUGAGCUCCGACUGUGGGGGAAAGAGGAUGAAGAGGAAGAUGCGGGAUUCACACCCGGGACGUCCGUGCCGAGGCAGCCCUCACCUGCCAUGAGUGUGAGCGCUAGCACUUUAACCGAUGGCGAUACAGUGGAGCUUGAGGGUGUCUCUCCUACCACACAUGGUCAAUCCAAAACAAGGGUGGCAAAAGAUAACAAAAAAAGAACUGCUGUUCCAACGAAGAGGGGGCUUAAAGAGCAAAAUGUCAGUCACCAUGAUGCUGCGCUACCUUCCCUUCCUGUAGUUGGUACCUGGGAGUUUGAACUGGAGGACGACGAGUAUCUAAACUUCCUCGAGCUCUUCCUCAGCUACAUGCUGGAGAAGGACAGUGCAGAAGGCGGCGAAUCUCCCUUGCUGAAAUCCUUUUGUUCCACUCUGAGGGAGAGAGAACUGCAUUCGCUCACCUUUGAUGUACUCACGACGAUGCACCGGCGCCAAAGAGAGGGUGGGCAACAUCUGGCGGGGAAACACCGUAACAACGAUCUUCCUGUUUUCAGAGCUGGCUGCUGCCACAGGACAGUGAAACGGGGUACAACACCUGAGUCGCAAUCGACAACCAGCCCCUUUGACCUUGCUCUGUCUGGGAGGAAAACAGGUCUGUUUAGCCGACAGCAGAGCAGUACACCAUUACAGAGAGUCUCUGCUUCUGACUCAAACCAAAGUGCCUUGCAGCCAACAGAAUGUUGUUCAGUAUCUGUGGAAGCCAUUGUAGAAGUGCAACAGGUCUUGGAUCCUAAAUUAGAGGCUCAAUUCCCAGAGCUUGGCAGGCUGCUGGAGUGGAUGUUACGCUGGGCUGACAGGAGGGUUCUCCAGGGGCAUCCCGGCAAAAAGAAACCGCAGAGGAGAGAAGGAAUGUCCGAUGAAGGAAUAGUCAUUCGUGUCAAAGCUUCUGCGCCGGCUGUCCUCACCUCCCUCAGCCUGCUGGAGCGCAGAUUCACUCCUCUGCUUGAGCCCAACUGCUUCAUUGGUCGCAUCCAAGUCCCGGAAUCACAAUUGACUGCUGCCCCGGUGGUGCAACCUGAGGUGGACAUGAGGCUGGGGCGAGAGAGUAGUGUUGAUACUGGCUACCCUGGGUCGGCUAACACUCCCAUUGGUGCUCUUGAUCACAACCUACAGCAAGGUGAACCUUCCAUUGGUUCUCAUGCAGAUGAACCAGCAGAGAUGAUGUUUGAAAGGACGCCUCUUCCCGAUGACCCAGAUGAGCUCAAUUUCAGUGCUCCGAGGCCUGUCCCAGUACCGCAGCGACCGUGUUUUGAUGAUUUGGAUGUUACACCUGAAAAAGAAAGCAAAAGUGAUAAUGACCGCACUGAACUGUCAUCCUCGCUCUCUAAUACGAUCAUAUCUGAAAAUCUGUGCUCACCUCAAACAAGUUUAAAGGUAGCAGAUGCUUUUGAGACAUCCAGCUCCACAUCUCUCUGUAGUCAAGCAGGAAGCCAUCCGUCUACCCAAACAACAAGUGAUCCAUACCCCCAAAACACUCAUGCUAUGCAGCCUGAGGAAGAGCAUUACAUCAGGAGACCAGUAGACCACCCAUCAAGUUCUCAGCCUCAUACUUCCAUACCCUGUGCACCCGCUGUGGAUCCUAUUGGCCCUAACGAUCCAUCCUACAUUGAGGCAUCACCAAUGAGACAGCGUGUUGGUGAAGAUUUAUGCAGACUGGUCCAGCACAUCAACUACAUGAGCCUGAUGGAGGUUUUGGGAGCUUCUUUUUCCAACCUGCAGCUCGCCCAGCAGAAUUCUUCCUCUUUAGCUCAGUUCAGCACGAGCCCCUUGCAUCCUGUCGUGCCUUCAUCGUAUCUUGCCAAUGUCCCACCGCAACAAAACCUUGCCACCCCCCAAUCACAACAAAUAUAUGUGCCAAAUCCAGACUCUAACAACCCAGCCUCCAUGUAUGCACAGCAGCUUCCCAUACAGAGCAUUCAUAUUGAACCCUCUCCAUCAGAUGUUCAAUAUCACAACACCAGGAACCUACCCUACACUACACAUGGAAAUUAUCAGGGACUUCAAGCCCGUUCUGUGCAAGCAGAGUCGCCAAAAGUUGAAAUAAGGAAAAACAAGAUCCCAUCAACUCAAGGGCUUCUCAUCACCACUGAUACCAGUCACACGGCCCCUGUGGUUGCGCCCUCAAGUGGGAACGUUAAUAUUGACCCAUCCUCUCAAGCCUCAGGUCUAAAAUUACUUCAACUCCAGCAGACAUUUCAGCUGGAGCCUCAGGUGCCACAUGCUCCAAGCCAUACCACUGUAGAGCCAAGUAUUAGAGCUGCAUCAAGAAAGAGAGACAAGAAAAAAAGAGUUUGGUCUUCAACUACAAAAAGGCUUCUCCGAUUUAGCCACAGAGCAUCCCCCGAGUCCACCUCAAGGAAACAGACGUCCGAGGGAUCUGAGCAGACGGCUCAGACCCCUGCACCGACACAUGGCCUUCGUCUGCUGCACCUGCAGCCUGCUCCACAAGGACACAUCACAUUCCCCAGAAUACCAUCGCCGCCUCCCCUGUCCAGGACCUUUAUUGUCCCUGCUGUUCCACUGGGAGAAACUAAGCUCCAACUUCUACAUAUAAACCCUAAACCAAGAAUGAUGUCGACCCCAGCGCCUCGCUUGUCCCAAAAGACUCGCCUCAUCUCCUUGGAGGAGUUGACGGGCUUAGUGGCGGGGAGGCGCAACUCUGAGGAGGCUCGACUCCAGCUUCUCAGAGUGAACGACCCCACUGAGACAAGCAGAGGGGCUACACCCACCUUGGAUUCCAGCAAGAGGCAGAAGAGGAGAGAGAGGACACUAAGGGCAAGUAAAGCAACUGAGUCUAUCAUUAUUACACAAGAGCCAAAAGAGGAGCCACUUGUUGCAGAGGAAAAGACCCCUGCAAGAGUUGCUACCAUUCACCUUGGAUCUUUCAGCUCAGGCUCUAUCAACCCUAUGCCCACUGGUCGGAUAUUAUUGGACAGGGCAAGGUCUACUUCAGCCGAGCUUCAUGCCUUCGCAUCCACAUGUAAAAGACCCCCUGAGUGCCUCGAUGCGUUCACCAACACAGAGCCAAAGGGUUCCCCCAUGCUUGUAGAUAAAGCUGUGUCCACCCAAGCAUCUGUAGCAGCCACCACUUCUGAAACACAAAAUUCAGAGAAAGGACAGCUGCGUAGAGAGCGCCCUCCUCGAGAAACACAUGACAGCCUACCAUCACAAGAGAAAAUUAAUUUGGAUCAGGUCAGCCGCAACUUCCUGAGCGUCUUGGAUAUCGAGGAGGGAACACAGCAUCAGGAUUUGCCACCUCUUAGCUUAGGAAGGCAGCAAAGGAAAGAUGCUUCUGCCUCCAUCCCUCCCGUACUCACCCCCGCUCAGCUUCAUUUACUUGCAUCUUCCAUCGUUAAUGGCACUCAUCCUGCUGCUCCAGAUCCACACCAGUCAGGCAGAAUUCCAGAACAAACCAGGAGACCCGUCACACAGUCAGGUCGCACUGAGGACUCUGCUUCUGUCAGCUUCACUGAGCCCGACAGAGUCACUCCACAUUACACUGAGGAUUCACCUGACCCUGAGCUCUAUAAAGCCAUUAACACACCACUACCAGAUAGACCUCGCAGUCCACUGUUAAAAAAUCCUACAGUCUGGUUCUCAUCCCGCCUGUCCGAGUUGGAUUCACAGCUCGCUGCUCUCCAGAACAUUGCUGACUGCUUGGAGAAUGACCUUCCUGAGUCUACAAUUGCAAAUGAGUUGAAGAAGCCCGAGCACGUCUCAGCAGUCUCAGCUCCAAAGCCUGCGAUGGCAGCUAGAAAAACAGUUAGACUGUCUCUCCCUGCGGAAGAGCACAAAACAGACCUGGAACUGACGCAAAACAGUCAAAGAAAGAAUGCCUUUGCAAGCAAAGCUAUACAGCCACCUCAGGCUUUACCACAACCUGACAUCUGGAAUGUGGAAGAAGAGGAUCAGGAAGAAGACCAUGAUGUGCUUCACUAUAACUCCUCCAUCCCAGACGGAAAGACACUGUUUCUGCAUCCACCAUCCUCUUCUCAGCUUGGUCACGGCCCCCCCUCCUCUCACCACAACUCCCCUCCAAAGCUUAAGAAUCUCUCACUAGGCACAUUGGAAACAUUUGACGAGACAGCUGAUGGGAGUCUGGACCAGAUGGGGUUGUCUGAUACCAUGGAAAUCUUAGAAGGCUUAGUAAGGGAAGGUUAUUUAUCUCAGACUGACCUGGAAAUGUCAUUUUUGGACACGGCUGCACUUGACACCAGCAGAAAGGAGCAGCGGGAGCAGCAGAGUUGGCAGAUAUCACCGAAACGUGCUCUCGCGGAGGACGACAGGAGGGAGCUGAGAAUGUGGAUGAGGCGGAAGCAGAGGGAGCGAGUGUCUGUUUAUCAGAAACAGAGAGCGAGCCUGCGAGAGAGAGAGCGCAAACCUUUUACGGCAUCGAGAACAUUGAAAUCUCCCAGCCAUGUGACCAGUUGGGGGAACAAAGAGGAAAAGCAAAAGACAAUGCUCUUGAAACAAUUCAACCAGAGGAUCCGUGAGGCCACUUCUUUGGCUGAUCAACUUCACAGCAACCCAUUCACACCGUCUAGUACCUUUGUGAUUGAUGCGAGUCCGAUGCCCGCCCCUGCCAUCACUGUCCGGUCCGCCUCUGCACCACCAGGCACUAGUAAUCGCAGCCAUGAGAAAAAAAGUCUGAAGCAUUCUUCAGGACAAACACGUGCCCAGCAUCGGCCUUGGACUGCUGAUGUGCCAGGACAACCUUCUGAAGACAACAGGCUGCCAAGACCAGGGACCUCUCUGUCGAGGGAACAUCCAAUCUCCUCAGAAGGCUUGCUGACCUCCAUAGGGAGCCAUGAGGAGCAGCAUUUCAGAAAUCUCAGGCCGCAAAGAAAGGUAGCAGACUUUGAGGAGAAAAGUGCAGCAAAUCUUAGAGGCCCCUCUUCAGAUAUCUUCAAGUUGCUUGGCCUAGACAAGACAAAAGCAGAGUUACUGACAGGACUUUCAGACCAGCAGGAUGAUGGUGCCAGAGCUGGCGCGUCAGGUAUGGACUGGCUGAACAAAGUGACAGAGAAUGGUGGCAGCAGCCUCAGCGAGAUCGACUGGGCGGCCAUCGAGAAGAUGGCAGCUGCAGGGGAGCCCUGACCUUCUGCUGCAUCAUGCAGCAAAAUCAACACCAGAGUUACAGAUAACUGAUGUGCCUUUUCAAUAUAUACACUUACAGUAGAAGUAAUAAUGUUGAUGAUUUAUGUCCAUUGAUUAGAAUUAGGUUGAUAAAUAAAUACCUGUAUACCUAUGACAAAUAAUGUAAUUGUAACAUUGUAUCAUAGUACUGUAUAUUCAUUACAUUGACAUCUGCAAUUAUAGUUACACUUUUUAUUUUAUUUUUUUUAUGUACCAUGUUUUCUAGUUUGUCGAUUUUGCACAGACUUUACUAUCACAAUUAAAUAUUUCCCUGUUUAAUGUCUUUAUAUAAUGUUCUUAAU